UCCCGACAGGUCUAGCGGCGCUCCCGCCCGCCCUCCCGAGACACGAGCCGAACUGGGCGUCAGGUCGGGAGCCGGUCCGGUUCCCGCUCCCCGCUCCCCACUCACCGCCACCACCGCCGCCGCCUCCCUCCCGCAGCGCCCCUGCCCGCCGCGCCGCGCCGACCUAGAGUCUCCGCUGAGGCUGCACUGCCCGCCUCGCCGGCCUCGAGAACCCACCCAGCGGUGCCGGGCGCCGGCAGCCGAGGGCGGGACCCCCGGUCACCCCCCAGCCCAGUCCCAGAGCCCCGGGGCCCGAGCCGGAGCCCCCAGCCGCCGUCGCCGAGCCGAGGACCUUCGCCGCCCCCGGCCCCCGAAGAACAUGGACGCCGACUCGUGCGCCCCCGCCUUCCACCCCGAGGAGUACUCCCCCAGCUACAAGAGGCGGCGCACGGUGGAGGAUUUCAACAAGUUUUGUACCUUUGUCUUGGCCUACGCCGGUUACAUCCCUUAUCCAAAGGAGGAGCCCCCUUUGAGGAGCAGCCCGAGCCCUGCCAAUAGCACAGCCGGCACCAUCGACAGCGACAGCUGGGACGCUGGCUUUGCCGACCUGCCCUCUGCGGUGUCCCUGCCCGUCGCCGACCGCUGCUUCGGCCACUUGCAGCCCUCCCUCCUGCAGCGAGCCAAGCCCAGCAACUUCCUUCUGGACAGAAAGAAGACGGACAAGCUGAAGAAGAAGAAGAAGCGCAAGCGGAGGGACGCAGACCUGCCGGUGGAGGAGGAGUACAUGGGGGGCCUGCUGAAGCUGGAGCCGGCCGACGCGUACGCCGAGAGGACCGCGGCCAGCCCCGGCCUGCAGGACCUCCCCGCGGCCAGCAGCGACCCCUGCUCCGGCUGGGAUUCCGACACCCGCUCCAGCGGCUCGUGCGCGGCGGCCACCCCCGAGGAGGUGCAGGAGAUCCAGACCGAAGGCAAACGGACUGUCAUACGGCAGGGCAAGCAGGUGGUGUUCCGGGACGAAGACAGCACCGGGAAUGACGAGGACAUCAUGGUGGACUCGGAUGACGAUUCCUGGGAUCUCGUCACCUGCUUCUGCAUGAAGCCUUUUGCGGGGCGGCCGAUGAUUGAAUGUAACGAGUGCCACACCUGGAUCCACCUGUCCUGCGCAAAGAUCCGGAAAUCCAACGUCCCCGAAGUGUUUGUUUGCCAAAAGUGCCGGGACUCCAAGUUCGACAUCCGCCGGUCCAACCGCUCCCGCAUGGGCUCCCGGAAGCUCUUUCUGGACUGACUGGCGCGGGAGCCGACUUCAGAGAGAGAGCCGGAAGGGCCGCUCCUCUUUGGGGUCACUUUUCCCGAAUCCGAGCACAGAACUGCAAGGUGCAGCCAUUGCCCUUCUGACAUCGAGGUGCCUAAGCAGAAGGACGGGUUGUCCCGGGUACAUCCAAACUGUACAUAGCCAGUGACGACGGCGAAUCUUUGUUGGCCAAAGCCGCUGCCGGCCUCGCUCCGGCAGCCAGGGCGCACUCACGCCGCCGCAGCGGGGAGCCGGGGGAGGGCGCGUGGGCGGGAGCGCUCUGGACAGCUGGGGCAGGCUGGGGGUGAGGGUGGGAGGAGGCUUCUGCGGCCCCGAGGAUUCCCGAGGGGACAGCCAUACGUGUUCCGCUUCCCGAGUGUCCGUCUUUACCGUAAGUGUCUGUAGAGCUAGCCUGAUGUUGCCCUUCCCCGGCCCGGGCUCGCUGUGGAGGGGGUGCUGGGCCAGUGACCCCUGGUCCUGGCCGUGCUCACACCCUCCCGGAGCUGCUUCUGUUGGGGCAGAGCCGGGACGAUCUCUUGGAUGAGGGGCCUGCAUCCUUGAUACAAGUUCCCAUUUUGCACGAUGUAAAAAACAAUUUUUUUUCCUUUUUCUUUUCCUUUUCUGAUUUCUUUCUUUUUGAUUUUUUUUUGCACGAUCCAGCCAAACUGAGUUUGGUAAAUUUCCUGCCUGUUCCCCCCUUGUCUUUGGGACAUGUUGGGGUGCAAAGUGGAGAUGCUCUCUUCAGAGUGGGUUGGGAGCAGGCUGGUUCCCUCCUCGUUUUCCCCCAAAGAGCACUCCUGCAGCCCCGUGAUAUAGGCAGUCAUCACUGAAGAUUAGUAGUGAUUUUAUUUAAGUGAGAAAUGUCCUGAGAAAAGGCAGGCAUCCAUGUUUCCCCAAAGGCAGACGGAGGAGAUUGCCCGUCCCACAAGGGUGGUUUGCCUUUGGCCAUCCCCACAGCAAGGGUCUAGCCUCCGAAACUCUUGCUUUCUCCAGAGGCGCAAGUGCUCUGACUUCCGGCACUCCGCCUUCCUUGGAAUUUGUUGUGAGGUCCUAUUAAUGACUCCCCGGCCUCUGUCGCCCAAAAACCUGCGUCGUGGUGUGCAGCGGGCGUCUCCUGCCUGGGCCGGUCGAGGGGAUUUGACGUGUGGGCGACCUGAGCCCAGCUCUGUUCCGGGGCCAUCCCCAUGGCAGAACCACUGGCUGAUUCUGCUCCCUGGUUCACAAGAGGACCUGAGCUUUUUUCUCCUUGAUGACUAAGUUGACAAAUAACUGUAUGUAGCCGCUGUUCAAGGCCUUGUUUUAAAAUUUAAAAAAAAAAAUUAAAAAAAAAUUAAAAAACAACAAAAAAAACCCAUCCCUUGUAAAUGAAUGAAUGUUGUUCUUCAGAAAGUGUGGGAAGGGUAACUGGGAUUGAAGUUAGAAGUUUUAUUUCCCAAAAAAAAAAAUGGCCUCAGCCAAGCCUCCCAGACAGAGGUGCUAUGGGCUUACAUAGUGGCAUUUUUUUGUGGUGGGGCAUGAGACCGAGCUUCUCUCCUCGCAAGGAAGAGCCGUUCUAUUUUGUUCAUUCCAAGCCCCCUUUGCUGGUCUGGUGUCUUUUCACACCCUUGCCCAGCCGAUUUUUUUUUUAAGCUCAUUUACCAUUUGAGCAGGAAAAAGAAGAAAUUCAGUUCCUGAAACCUGGUCCAACAGGAAGACUCCCCAGGGUGAAGUGAAAUCAUAGGUGAUAGAAUUUUUUAAAGUGCAUUUUGAAACGGCCCGGCUUCCGCGAGGGCGCAGCAUCUAUCCGACGCUCGAGGCAUUCGCCAAAGAUCUGCCCCCUCCUACCACCUGUCUCAUUUCUGCACCAAGAGAAAUAACCAAAGUUUCAAAAUCCUCUUUUUGUUUGUUUGUUUGACAUUUUUUAUUCCACAAAGUGUUAAGAGCGCUCAGAAGCCAGUCAGGAGCGGCUAGAGUUGGGGUCCCGGCCCAUGGGGUCCGAGGUGGGGGUGGGGUUCUCUCUGGAAGUGUCUCAAGAAGGCCUGCGAUGUUCAUCUGGUGAUUUGUGUCCAGUGAGGCAGGCCCGGCCCGGCCCAGCCAGGGUUCUGUCCAGGAGUUGGGGCAGCUGCACCCGCUUUUAUGCAAAUUGGGUGCGUCCCCAGCUUGGGCUCCUGAGGGUGGGGAAGGUGUCUCCAGAAGGGAGGGGGCCCCUCUCGGGCUUUGGCCAGGCCAGACACUUAACAUCGUUUACAUGGUUCUGUGUAAUUAUAAAGUUUAUGUGUAUAGAGAAGCUGUUUCUGUGAAACUGUAUAUUUUGUAAAUAAAUAUAUUGAUACUUUGAAGUUCAAA